AUGAGACUCUUAGAGAAAAUUAAAAUAAACUCACAACAAAGAUGGAUGGUAUGUUAUAAACUUGGUGGAAAGUAUGAAUGUUCUACGUUAAACCUCAAUAAUAUUGGAACAUUACUACAUCAGCUCUUGAAGGAGAACUUUAUAUCAGAGAUAGAAGCAAAUGCUGCAGGUAUUGUUGAAAUGCACUAUGACUUCUUCUUGACAAACAUAAAGAAUCUUACUGAAAUAAAGAUGUAUGAUUUAACAGAAUAUGAAGGCUUAACGAUGUCAGAUGUAAAGAAAGGCAAACCAAAAAAGAGACCAUAUAGAGAUGAAAGCACACUGACAAAUGACCAGAAAGCCAUUUUGGAAGCUCUUAAGCAAACAGGAAACCCAGCACUUAUAGAAAGCUUUUGGAAAGAUAAUGGUGAAAAGAAGUUUUAUAAGAAGAGAAGCGGUCAGUUCUGGAAGUAUCUUUGCACAUUACCUAUAAAUCUUGAACGCUACCAAAUCUUCAAUGAACUGAACAAAAGAACUGCAACACUUAUGACAGAGGACAAUUGUUUCGUUUAUGCUUGCAUUCAGGCUGGAGUAAAUGAAGAAACUAUUGACCACAUGAGAGAAGUCAUUCGUGUUAGAGACUUUCCUCAAAGUAAAGUACAAGAAAUUUCCGAUUCAACAGGUAUAUCAUUUAAUGUUACCAUUGGUUAUUUCAAUGACUCAAGACAUAAUGAAAUAAAGAGAUAUAUACCAAAAGAAUGCGAAACUGUUAGAACUAUUGACUUACUUCUUGUUGAAGACCACUACAUGCUAAAUGAAAGAUUACCAAUGACAACAUACUUCAUUCGAAACUAUAAAGAAAUUCUCAAAG